GAUUCCUCUACCUGUUCCACUCAUAGACAGUAUAUACGGUUCCAUUGUUAAAAAUAGCGGCGCAACUUGGUGGGCGUUAUCCUGGUAAUUUCUCUGCGUGAGAGAUACCAGGUGUGGCGUUGAGCGUGUGAACGGGAUGAAAUGCGUGUGCGUGAGACUUGAAAGCCCUGUUAUAACUAGAGCAAUUGUCACAUGAGGAACUAAUUUGUGGAAUUGUAUACAUAUACAUAACACCUUGUCUAAAGCUGAACACAGCAAGAGAAACGAAAGCGACUCCGGCACACCGAGGUUGUGUGAGAAACGAAACACAGGAAAAACGAAACCAAAGUUAAGUUUUUAACUCUCAUUGCAGCGAGAUUCUGGCUGCAGUCCGACUCCGGCACACCGCGGUUGUGUGACAGUGCCAGGAGUGGAAUUUAGCAUUUUUUAAUUUUCUUCUCACAAGAGACAAGAGUCAUCAUGAACACUCUGAACCAACAGUAUGAGGAGAAGGUGCGUCCCUGCAUCGACCUCAUCGACUCUCUUCGCUCUCUGGGUGUAGAGGACGACUUGUCGCUGCCAGCUAUCGCCGUGAUUGGAGACCAAAGCUCGGGGAAGAGCUCCGUGUUGGAGGCGCUUUCAGGGGUGGCUCUGCCAAGAGGCAGUGGCAUUGUGACAAGAUGUCCUCUCGAACUGAAGAUGAAGAGAAAGAAAGAAGGAGAGGAGUGGUAUGGAAAGAUAAGCUACCAGGACUUGGAGGAAGAGAUAGAAGACCCUGCUGAUGUGGAGAUAAAGAUUCAAAAAGCUCAGGAUGAAUUGGCCGGGGAGGGGGCGGGGAUCAGUGAUGACCUCAUCAGUCUGGAGAUCGCCUCUCCUGAUGUUCCAGACCUGACGCUCAUUGACCUUCCCGGCAUCGCCAGGGUGGCUGUUGAGGGACAACCAGAGAACAUCGGAGACCAGAUAAAGAGACUGAUCCACAAGUUCAUCAAAAGACAAGAAACCAUCAGCUUGGUGGUUGUUCCAUGCAACGUGGACAUAGCAACCACAGAGGCUUUGAAGAUGGCACGGGAGGUGGAUCCUGAUGGGGAGAGGACUUUGGGUAUCUUGACCAAACCCGACCUGGUGGACAAAGGCACAGAAGAGACAGUGGUUGCAACUGUCAAUAAUGAGGUCAUCCCCCUGAAGAAGGGCUACAUGAUCGUCCGGUGCAGGGGUCAGAAGGACAUCAUGGACAAGCUGUCCCUGACUGAAGCAAUUGAAAGAGAGAAAGCCUUCUUUAAAAAUCAUGUGCAAUUCCAGAUCCUCUACGAUGAAGGCCAUGCCACUGUUCCUAAACUGGCAGAAAAACUCACCCUUGAGCUGGUGCAUCAUAUCCAGAGAUCGCUGCCCCAACUGGAAGAGCAGAUAGAAAAGAAACUCAGGCAGACUCAGGCAGAGCUCGACAAAUAUGGCAACGGACCCCCACCUGACGCAACUGAGAGACUCGGUUUCCUCAUUGAUAGAGUGACCGCAUUCACAUAUGAUGCUAUCAGCCUCGCCGCAGGGGAGGAGCUCAAAUUUGGAGGCAGGCCUAAUAUCUUUGCCAUACUCAGAAAAGAGUUUGCGGUAUGGAAAGAUGUCAUAGAGCGCUCUGGAACAACAUUCAACUGGAAUAUUGAGAAAGAGGUGGCUCAGUAUGAACGAAAGUACCGUGGAAGAGAACUGCCGGGGUUCAUCAACUACAAGACCUUUGAGGGCAUGGUCAAGGAGCAGAUUAAACAGCUGGAAGGGCCUGCUGUCCUGAAGCUCAAGGAAGUGGCAGAAAUUGUGAAGAAAGAGUUGUUUGAGUUGGCACAGAGCAGCCUUGUUGGACUUCCUAACCUCAUCAAAACAGCUCAGAUGAAGAUUGAAGCCAUCAGAAAGGAGAGGGAGACUGCAGCCGAGUCCAUGCUGAGGACUCAGUUUAAGAUGGAGUUGAUUGUUUACACUCAGGACAGCACAUACAGCAAGAAGUUAGGGAAGCGGAAGAGGGAAGCUGAUGUGACUGUCUUCAAUGGCAGCACUGACAGUGUGGCCACCCUGAAGGAGAUGAUUAAACACCUGAAAUCCUAUUACCAAAUUGCUGGCCAGCGUCUGGCUGACCAGAUCCCCCUGGUGAUCCGCUACCAGAUGUUGCAGGAGUCUGCCAUCCAGCUGCAGAGGGAGAUGCUGCAGAUGCUUCAGGACAAGGAGAAAACCGAGGCCCUGCUUCAAGAGGACUCUGACAUAAAAACCAAGAGAAUCAACCUUCAGAAUCGCCUCAAGCGCCUGUCAAAGGCCCGCAUGCUGUUGACUGACUUCAGUAUGAACAUAUACAACUUCAACACAUCUCAUUGCAAUCCUUGAAACCAGAUUGCUAAUAGAAGAAGUUGCUGAAUUAUCACAUUCUUUAAAAACAAAAUCCUUUGCAGAUUUUUUUUCAUGUUUUUGACAUUAGUCAUUUAUUUUAUUAAGUAAACUAAAAUGUUUCAUAAAUGAUUCCAGACAUACACCAUAUUCUCACUUUUCCAUUCAAUGUUCUUGUUUCCUGAAUGGCAUGCCACAUACAUACAUGCAUAAGGUCCAAAACAGAAAGAGAAAAAAAAGUGUGUUAUUGUGGGUUUUUUUGUAGGGUUUUCUCAUUAUGGGUUUUCUUGAGUAGUAGAGUUUCAUUUUGGGCUUUUUUGAACUGACAUCCUGCAUGAAACCACAAAAGCUGCUUCUCAAUCGGUCUGUCACAGACAUGUUUGCACCGAGUACACCAUUUACGUAUUCAGCUUCACCGACUGUGUUGUCCAUUGACGACCAUUGACGUGUCCUAGUGAGCCAUCAUGCCAGGAGGGUUCAACACGUUGGAGGUAGAUGUACGUACUCUUUUAAAGUAUUUCCCCGCAAUAACUUUAUUUAACAUGAUUUAACAACAGAGAAUAGCAUUAACGUAAUAUUAGGUAAUAGCCUGAUGGCCAAUCCCAAACACAUACUUUAUAUAUUAUUCAUUUGAGUGUGUGAGGUGUGAAAGAAACACUUAGUUAAGUUAGCUAAUAAAGUUAAACAGGUUGAUUAGUUCAGUGUUAAUGAUGUCAGCUGUUAGCCCGUUGGACAUGUGAGUCCAAAACUGUAAAAACGUGUCAUAGAUUGUAAUGUAAACAUAACCUACUCAAAUAAAACUGAAAACAUACUUAACCUCUCUUGUGUUGCCAAUGCUACACAUACUGUCUUGAUAAUGCAUAAAAUAAAAAAUUCACCUCGUC